AUGUUAAUAUCAGAUGGAAUAAAUCAUGGUAAACUACAAUCAAUAAUCGUAGGGGAACUGAAGAAAGCUGGUUUAAAGCAUCGCCUCAAAAAAAUAAUUUUGAAAAGUAUAAAAGAUCACAAAACAGUAUUUGGAGCCCCUCUUGUGAAAGUUCCAUCCUGUAGUGUAAUAUGUUGUGGCAGUACCUUAAGUAUUCCUGUGAUUGUUGCCGAAAUGUCUUCAGUGCUUCGGUCCAACGCCCAUGUUGAAGGAUUGUUUCGUAAAGCUGGCUCACAGAACCGACAGAAAGAUAUUAAGAGAUUAUUAGAUGCUGGUGGUUGUGUAUCAGAAGGUCACCAUCCCAUAGAUGUUGCAAGUGUAUUAAAAUUGUAUCUGAGAUGUCUACCAGAGCCUUUGAUCAGUGCUGAAGUUCAAGAUUUAUUGUUACGCUGUAGACUAACUGCUGGAGAUGAUGCAUUAAAACCUAUUUUACAUACUUUGUUGUUACUACCAGUAUUACAUGUUCACCUUCUGCAUUAUAUCAUGGAGCUAUUAAACUACAUAGCAUCAAAACAUAAAGACAACCUGAUGGACAUAUCCAACUUAGCAAUUGUAAUGGCACCCAGUGUUAUGCCACUGCCAGCAGCAGCAUCUACACAGAGACUUGAACAUCAUGUUGCUCUGGUUAAGAUGUUCAUCGAAAACGCAAAACACAUUGGUUUACUGACGGAAGAGCUCAUGGUAAAACUAGAUGAUGAUUCUGAUGUCAAUAGAGCCAGACGAAAAAAACGACGAAGCGGAUCCCUUAAUCGGGUUCUCAACGGUCUUCGCAAAAUGGUAUCAGGCAGUGUUAACACGCCUGCAACAGUCAAUGAGAAUGGUAAAACUCCAAUUCUGAGCAAAUCUGCUGCAAAACGGAAGUUCGACACCUACGAAGGUUUUUCUGCGAAAACAAGAAAAGAAAUCACGAAAGGACUUCCACAGAAGGAGUUAUCGUUUACACCAAUGAAAAUAGGUCUUGAACGCAAAAGAUUAAGGCUCAGUUUGAUGGAUGCAAGAAGUACUCCUAUAAUCAAUACAGACUACAGUUCCCACAAAAACUCUGAAACAAGUACUAGCAGUGACGAUUUGUUAACUUCCUCUGAACAUUUGUUCAGUGCGCAUGAUACAAUUGACUUGUCUAACGAUAUGAAACAAUCUGAUAAAGAUUACGUCAGAAUCUCUAAACAGGAGUAUGAAGAGAUCAAAAGCAGAGUAUCAGCAAUAGAGAACAGACUGUCUAGAGAGUUUACCGACGUCAUACCGAGGGUGCAACCACUGCAACAAGUACAAGAUGUAUACGAACAAACAUUAGAGGAAGUAGCUAUGUUGAACUGUCCUACCUCCGAUCACCUAGCUCGACGUUUGAGCAAAGAACUGAAGAUACGGCCGAACGAAGAAGCAAAAAUCAUCCGCUCACCGAGCGCUAGAAAAAUUGGCUCCAUAAGACGACGAUCUAAAGAAAACAUAACUAAAAUAGUAAGACAUAAAUCUUGGAAUGUAUCGUCUAAGUCACAAUCUAGUCAAAAUACAGAUAGGUUUUAUCCAUACAUGGGAAUGAAUCGCAGAGAAAGAACCAGCACUGCCAAACCUAACUCAGAAGUACAGAAGCUGCAAGCGUCUGUAGGACCUGAAUGGGACACCUCUGCCUCUGAAACCUCUACCAACAAUAUAUCAGACUCGAGUCAUAAAUAUCAAUUACGCAAAAGAAUGAGUUUUAUACCGGACCACAGUACAGAAAAACCUAUCAGCAGAAUUCCGGCGCGUCGGUCUCUGAAUAUCACCAUCAACAAUAGUUGGGACAAUACAGCCUCGGAAAAUUCGAUGAACCACACAUUAAAUUCUACAGGGAAAUCCAAUAACACAGAAAGUGCCAGUUGCUACCAAAACAUACGUAAUGGGAGCACAAAUAUUCGAAAACCGAGUCCCCAAAAAUGGCGAAGCGCUGCAGCUUUCUUCAUGAACAAAACAGGAGAAGUUGAAAGUACUAGUCAAACUGGAAGACCCUCAGUAAACAAAUUGCGUCGUCAAAACGCUGGCGCCGUUCUUGCUAAAGCGAAAUUAUUUGAAUCUAGUUCGGAUAAAUCUUCUGAUAGAAACGAUAAAAUCAGUCACACGGGUUUUGCAAGAAGACCCAGAAUAAGCAAUCAGCAAAAUAAACCGCAAAAGAAUGUAUCGCACGCGAAACCUAAAGUCCAUGCAAAUGACAUCGUAUCACACAAUAUCCCGGUCAGGGUUGCCAGGAAUGUUGAUGUCGCGUCAAACGUACCUUCAAAAUCGUAUCACUUGAGUACUCCGAGCAGAGUUGAUGUUGAAUCAUGGCGAAAUAUGAGGAAAACAACGCCACCCAUAAAAAACGUUGUUUCGCCGCAAAAUGUUAUUAAAACACCACAAAUACCAGUAUUGAAAAAGUCCCUGUGUACUCCUAAGACUUCUCGGUUGCCAUCUUUAAACACUGAUCUCAGAAAAGCUAACACGCCUUUGAAAGCUGUUCACAUAUCUCCGAGGAGACGAUCUCCACGGUUAAAACGUGGUAAACUAACUUCAAAUGAUUAG